UAUAUCCACAUACAGAGAGAGAGAGAGAGCGAGCAUAAGCAAACAAGAAGUUUUCUUAUAAGAUUCCCAUUUGUGUUCCCCGACUUCCCCAAUGCCUUCUCUUGGCUUUUCUUCAAACUCCAUUAAUAUUCUUCUUCCUUAUUAAUUUAUCUCUUCCUCUUCCCUUUCUUCUUCACUGGUCGUUACACACUACUCUUCUGAGUCUCAAGAAAUAUAUACUGCCAAUGCCUCCUCCUGCACCAGAGUUUCUUUUUCCUUCACCUCCAAAUCCUACAGAAAGCAAAGAAGGUUUAUCAGAAACUUUGGUUUUUGAUGCUUCUGUUCUCAAGUAUAUAUCUCAAAUACCCUCUCAGUUCAUAUGGCCUGACCAUGAGAAGCCAUCAUGCCCGAGCCCACCAGAACUCCGAGUCCCUCCAAUUGACCUGAUGGGCUUUCUCUCUGGGGACCCCGCGGCCAUGGCCAAGGCAUGCUCUCAGGUGAGAGAAGCUUGCAGGAGCCAUGGGUUCUUCCUUGUGGUUAACCACGGGGUUGAUGCUGGACUCAUAGCCCAAGCCCAUGAGCUCAUGGAUAGUUUCUUCUGCAUGAAGCUAUGUGACAAGCAGAAGGCUCAGAGGAAGCCUGGAGAGCAUAUUGGCUACGCCAGUAGCUUCACCGGAAGAUUCUCCUCCAAUCUUCCAUGGAAAGAGACGCUGUCUUUCAGGUAUUCUGCUGCUGCAGUUGAUGACCAGUUCGUUGAAAGAACAGUUGAAGAGUAUUUUGUGAACGUUAUGGGAGAAGAUUUCAGGGAAUUCGGGAGAUUGUACCAAAAAUACUGUGAAGCCAUGAGCAAUGUGUCGCUCGGAAUAAUGGAGCUUCUGGGAACGAGCCUAGGAGUUGGGUGCAACUACUUCAAAGACUUCUUCAAAGAGAAUGAUUCCAUCAUGAGACUGAACUACUACCCUCCAUGCCAGAACCCAGACCUUGCUCUUGGUACUGGGCCCCACUGCGACCCCACUUCCCUCACCAUUCUUCAUCAAGACCAAGUUGGAGGUCUCCACGUGCUUGCCAAUCAAACAUGGCAUUCAGUGGCCCCUUACCCUAAUGCUUUCGUCAUCAACAUCGGCGACACCUUCAUGGCUCUAUCAAACGGGAUAUACAAGAGUUGCUUGCAUAGAGCAGUAGUGAACAAAACGAGUGUGAGGAAAUCGCUUGCUUUCUUUCUGUGUCCAAGAUGGGACAAAGUAGUGGCUCCUCCAGAGCUUCUAGUUGCCGACGAAAAUCCAAGAAUAUAUCCAGACUUCACAUGGCCAAAACUUCUAGAGUUCACUCAGAGACAUUACAGGGCAGACACGAGAACCUUUGAUGCUUUCUCGAGGUGGCUACAAGAGAAAAACAUAUAACUUAGAAGGUGACAUCAAAUAAAGUUAAAGAGGCUGCUUUCUUCCCAUAUUAGCUUUAUACUUUGGUGGGUCUCACGGGGAAAAAGAAAAGGAUAGCAGAAAAACCAAAAAGAGGCCUCUUUCUCUGCAAUUACAUGUACCUUCCUGUGUCACUGUUUGAAAGAAUCCCACUAUAGAUAUAUAGUGCAAUUUGUAUGAAUAAAGGAGAGUGUUUCAUGGCAUGGGCUCCAUAUAUGUAAGUGAAUUCACUGAACUCUGGUCAUUCUCGUUAUUAUUGAAAAAAACAUGACUAUCUGUCUGAUGACUUGCGCACUUUCUUGUUGAUAUUGUAGAUACUU